UAUUGCAGCCUCUCUUCUUCUUCUUCCUCCUCCUCCUCGCCUCGUCUGCUCCGCUGUUUCAUCUGCGAGAAGAGAAGAGAAGAGGAGAGACUGAGAGGAGAGGAGGAGGAGGAGGAGGAGGCGGCAAUGGCUCAGGCGCAGCUGCGGUCGUUCGUGGAGGUGGCGCCCGGGUCGCACUUCCCCAUCCAGAACCUCCCCUUCGGGGUCUUCCGCCGCGGGGGUGAGCAGCCGCCGCGCCCGGCCGUCGCCAUCGGGGACUUCGCGCUCGACCUCGCCGCGGCCUCCGAAGCGGGGCUCUUCGAUGGGCCCCUGCUCUCCGGCUCCCCCUGCUUCCGCCAGGAAACGCUCAACAUGUUCCUGGGGAUGGGGCGGCCGGCAUGGAAGGAGGCGCGCGCCACUCUACACAAGAUCCUCUCAGCUGAUGAGCCGAUUUUGCGUGACAAUGAGGCUUUGAGGAAGAAAUGCCUUGUUCCCAUGAGCGAUAUAGAGAUGCUUCUACCAAUCACAGUAGGAGACUACACCGACUUCUUUUGUUCUGUGCACCAUGCAAGGAAUUGUGGGUUUAUCUUUCGUGGACCACAGACACCAAUCAAUCCAAAUUGGUUUCAUCUUCCAAUAGCUUAUCAUGGUCGUGCAUCCUCUGUAAUCAUAUCUGGAACAGACAUCGUUCGACCCAAAGGACAAGGCCAUCCAACAGGAGAUUCUAAACCUUAUUUUGGUCCUUCUAAGAAGCUUGAUUUUGAACUUGAGAUGGCAGCCAUUGUUGGACCAGGGAAUAAAUUGGGCAAACCUAUUGAUAUUAAUGAUGCUGAAGAGCAUAUCUUUGGCCUAAUGAUAAUGAACGAUUGGAGUGCCAGAGAUAUUCAAGCUUGGGAAACUAUACCUCUUGGACCUUUCCUUGGGAAAAGCUUCAGUACAACAGUAUCACCUUGGAUCGUUACUCUGGAUGCCCUAAAGCCUUUUACCUGUGAUGCUCCUAAGCAGGAACCUGAACCUUUACCUUACUUAGCUGAAAAGAACCACGUAAACUACGAUAUUCCUCUUGAAGUUUGGAUUAAGCCCAAGGAGCAAAGUGAACCAUCAAUGGUCGCAAAGAGUAACUUCAAACAUCUGUAUUGGACUUUAACGCAGCAGCUAGCGCACCACACAGUUAACGGGUGCAAUCUGAGACCAGGGGAUAUGUUUGCAACUGGCACACUAAGUGGACCUGAGCCAGAAUCUUUGGGAUGUUUGCUGGAGCUAACAUGGAACGGGCAGAAGGAGAUACCAGUUGGAAACUCAACCCGCAAGUUCCUGGAAGAUGGGGAUGAGGUCAUCUUGACAGCAUGUUGCAAGGGUGAUGGCUACAACGUUGGAUUCGGAACAUGCACUGGGAAGGUUCUGCCUGCACUUCCAUGAUCCCAGAUAGAGGAUAAGCCUUGUUCCAGUAAUCUCUUAAGAAAGCAUGCAGUGUGGCAAUGUACUUAUUUAGUGUUUAGCGAUGGUAAAUAAUGAGUGCGUCCCUGAUGUUCUUCCGUGACAAUAAAAACUGAUUUGAAGUCGUAGUUCGUUUCAAUGAGUUGGGCAUGCUUUGCUUGAUCUGGAAA